AUGGCAGCAUUUCAACAACAUGUGACAUCAUGCGAUCCAGACAAUAUGGCUCCAUGUGAAUAUUGUCAAUGUCUAUAUAAAUUUUAUCAAUUGGAUGAACAUUCUCGAUAUUGUCGGAAUAUUUCAGAACAACAACGACAACAAGCAUUUUUAGAUUUCAUCCUACCGAAAUUGAAAUAUCCUUUUACGCCAGUACAAGUUCGUUUCUACAUCGAACAACAAAGACAGAAUCGACGAGUGCUUGAUCCUCAUGAAAUUGUUGAUACAUUGGCUGCAUUCGAAGAUAAAUUCCCAUUCGAAGUGCCUACUCUUGACUGUGGUGUUUGCCUGGAAGCAUGUCCGUACGAUGAUAUUUUCGUUUUCGGUUGCCAGGACACUCACAAACUGUGCUACAGCUGCUUUGAACGAUCAUGUACAACUAAGAUGAAUAGCAAUGAAGUACUUACGUGUGGUAUAUGUAAUUAUCAAUUACAGGAUGGAGAAAUUAAUCAAUUGCGAGUAUCUCAAGGCCAAAAAAGAAAAUUUCAUGAGUAUCAAAUACAGAAGACAUUCAAUAAUUUUGUCAACAAUGCUCGUGGCAUCAUCAAAUGUCCGAAUCGAGAUUGUAAAUGGGUAGUGGAAGCGCGAAACCCAAAUGAACGUUUUCGAGUCCAAUAUCACUAUCGAACGACUUGUCAGCAAGUAGUACAAAUAACACAACGAUGGUUUGUUUGGUGUAAUACAGAGCGUGGCAAUUAUUGGAGAGUUCGAGCACAGCAAGAUGCUACUUAUCGUGCUCAAUUAGACGAACAUGAAAGACAGCUAGCGGCGAAUGCUCAGCGAAACGAAGAACUGCAACGUCGUUAUAACGAAUUAAAGGCCGAUGAAGCUUUCAAAGCUCAGAAUUGUCGUCUUUGUCCACAUUGUAAACGAGUCGCACAACACAUGGGAGGAUGCAGUAGUAUGGUAUGUGGACGAAAUUAUCAUGGAGGUGAUCAGCAGUCGGGAUGUGGCAACAACUUCAACUGGGAUCAGGCUGAGCCUUAUAUACCAAUCACCAACAGGGCUCUAGAACAAAUUAAAAAUGACUUACCACGCCCAGAAAAUAAACAAAGAGUCGUACAUACUGGCAUCAGGUGCGAUAGUUGUCACAACGAUGUUGAAGGCAUUCUGUUUUCUUGUAUUCAUUGUCCUUCAUUGAUUUAUUGUGAAAAAUGUGAACAACGGUGUACUCUGGCUCAUUCAGAAGAACUUCGGCAACAGAAAAAACAACAACAUGUAUUUCAGCUGAUAACGACACCAGAAGUUUUACACAUACGACAACGACGAUGA